GAGGUGGGGCACGUCCCAACUCUUGAUCUUCAGUUGAGUCGAAACAAAUACAGUUGCUUUUUCUUUCUCUCUUUUUAGCUAUAUUGCUAACUCUAAAAAGCUGGAAGCAGUGGGAUAUGUUUUCUCAAUCUGUCUGGAAAUUUCCUUGAAGCUGCAAACCAAUAUGCAUUUUAAAGGGAAGUGGGACUUGUGUACACUUGGAAUGUAAAAUCUGCCUUUUUCCGCUUUUAUUACUAACAAGAAAUUAGUCUCUUUUUAGUUCUUUACCCAUUCUUCAAGCAACCAUAAUGGAUCAUCCAAGAAGGCAUCUGAAAAAGCUAAAAAAGAGACGUUCAAGUCUUUUUGCAAGUGUCAAACUUAAUGCCAGCUUUUCACAGAGUAUAGAAGAAGAAGAGAGUGCCUUUCCAUUUUCACAAGACAGCUCUGUGAAACCUUGGACAUCGAUGGACAACCUCGAUACUCCAUCACCUCAGGCAAGUGACAAAAGAGAUCAAGAAAAAAGGAAAGGCAGUGAGACCGAAGCUGCAAAGAUGCCACACCGUCAUUCAACUGUAAUCAAUGUUAACGUAGGUGGAAAACUCUUUACCAUUCCCAAGCACUUGGCUACCAGAUACCCUAAAACCAGAAUAGGCAGCUUAGCCCUGUGCAGAGAUCCUGUCAAGCAGCUAACGCUCUGCGAUGACUAUUGUGUGCUCACUAAUGAGUUUUUUUUUGACCGGGAUCCUACUUUCUUCCACUACAUCUUCCACUUCUAUUGUAGUAAUGUGUUAUGGGUAAUGGAGAGUCUUUGCCCUGUCAAUUUUGAGGAGGAGAUGAAGUUUUGGGGCUUGCACUUGAGAGACACUCCUCGUUGUUGUCGCAUUCUCUACGGGGAGAAACUAGACGAGAUAAGAGACCAGCUGAAAGUGAACAAGGAGCUUAUGGCAGAAAUCGAGCCCCAGCAUGAUGAGGAGGGUUUCAAAACAAUGAUUUUUGGUGGUAUUCGUAAGAUGCUAUGGGACCUGAUGGAGAACCCAUACUCCUCGAUGGCUGCUAAGGCCUUUGCUGUGUUCUCCAGCCUCUUUGUGCUCAUUUCCAUUGUAGCAAUGACUCUAAACACUGUGAGCGAACUGAAAGAUUAUAAAAUCUAUGGAAGAACCUACAUGGAGUGCGUGGAGAUCACUUCAAUUCUCUUCUUCACCUUUGAGUACUUCCUUCGCUUGCUGACAACUUGCGACGUCACGCAUUUUCUGAAGAGUGCACUUAAUUUUGUAGACUUAGUGGCUGUCAUGCCUUACUUUAUCCAGCUGAUAUUUGAGGCUUUUGCUGACCAGGAAGAUGUUGGCGUUCAAGAUGAUCUGAAAACAAUGGCGAGGGUUAGCAAAGUUAGCAAAGUGCUCAAAGUUGUCAAACUCAUGAGAAUCUUUCGCAUUUUGAAACUGGCGAGGCACUCGACUGGCAUGCGGGCAUUUGGCUUCACUCUUCGCCAGUGUUUUGAACAGGUCUGUUGCCUGUUUAUGUUCAUUAUCAUGGGGAUCUUCACCUUCUCCGCCCUAAUGCACUCAGUGGAGCAGGAUGUUGCAGGUACACCGUUUAGCAGUAUACCAGAUGCCUGGUGGUGGGCAGCGGUGAGCAUCUCUACUGUGGGAUAUGGAGAUGUGGUGCCCAUUUCUUACUCCGGUCGAGUGGUGGCCUUCGGGUGCAUAUCUUUCGGUAUUAUUCUAAACGGAAUGCCAAUCUCCAUCCUGUUUAACAAAUUUUCUGACUAUUAUGCCAAGUUGAAGGCCCAGGAGGACACUAAUACAAAUGUCCAGCGGGGUUUGAACCUCAAGAAAAGACUGCAAAGAAAAUUAGAGAACUGCUUCGAGCCUCCAGCUGAGGACUCUGAUGAGGACAAUAGGCAUCACAUUGGCCAGUGUCAUCACUGAACGUCUUUGUCACCUCGACUGCCUCGCUGCCCUUGAACAGUGAGCUCAGGUUCCCAGCCUGCCUUGAAUUAAAUCAGGAUUUAAAAGAUGGGUGAACGCCAGGUUAAAGAAAAUUAAGCCAUUAGCUUUAAAAUGGCUUACAAAUGGCAUGUCGCUGAGGAGCUUCAGUGAGCUUGUGCUGAUUUUCAGCAGUAUCUGUUCAUUUGUCAGGCAAAAAAAUGGAUUCAAAUAAAAAGGAUUCACAUCACAGACUGCAAACUGUUAAUUGCAAGAUCAACACAAACUAUUAGAAUGAUUUGAUCCAUCAUUGCCUCUCUAUAAAAUUACAUACAUGAAUCCUGAGAUUCUGAAGAUAUUUCUUCCUCAAUUAAAACAAAAAGGAUUUCCGAGGAUCAAGUGAGACUUGUGUGGCCUUCAGACACCUUUGGUGUAUUUGGAGUGUUGCUUUCACAUAGUUUCUAUUCUAGGCUAAAUGCAUUUGGAUACCGUGGCUUUCAAAGACUGAUAAAACAGAAAAAAAAUAAUAAUAAUGAACAUUGUAUUUGCAUAGUCUUCAGUAAGCACUUUAUCACCCGUUCAGAUUAGCACGACACAUAUUUUGACUGUUUUUGGAAGGUCUGAAGGGUGAUUUCCCCAAUUGUUUUAUUAUUUGUAAUGAUUGUUGUUUAUAAGACGCUAUCUGCAGUAAGCCAGAGCCAUACGAUAACACAAAUCUUGUUCAUUUCUGUUCCCCUUUCUUUUUACCCCAUGCAGUACAAUCCUAUAUCCUUCCUUUAAUACAUUAUAUUAUCAUCAUAUCAUCAAACCUUUAGAUAACAAAGUCCCUUUACAUAACAACAUAUUCCUGCAACUUGCAUAUACUGGAAAACUAAUAAAAGAUAAGAAAAAAAUUUUCAU